AUGACCCCAAUCCAUCCAUUUUUACACACGCCUGAAGCCUCUUGUUUUUAUUUUUCUACUUCCCAAUGGAAAUCGACUUGUGAUCUAGACGAAGAUUUAAACAGUUCAACUGAUGGUGUAAUACCGUUAACGCAAGGAAUAUCAGCAUUUCGUCGCAAAUCCUCGUCUCUAAUUAAUAAACCUCAAAUGUUAUCACACAGUAGUACAGCUAGUUCAUAUGUCUCCUUGCCUGCAUCAAAUAAUGGUUUAAAUCAAACGAAAAGUAACAAUUAUACUAAUAAUAAGCAUGGUUUUGACCGACAAACAGUGCCGACACGUCCUACAGCCACAUCACUUCCACAAUCAUCUAGAAACAGCAUGCAUUUUGAAACAAUUAAUGAUAAAAGUGUAGACGAUAAUUUCCACCGAAGACGUGCAUCAGCUUUUUCUACACCAUCUUCUAGUAAUAUGACAUUAACAUUUUUAAAGGAUUUCAACAAUAAACGAACUGGUGCUAUCCAGUCUGAUCAACUUCCUCAAAUUAGUAAGACCACUUCAAAGCAUCAACGUGAUACAUCUUCACGCAAAAGUGAUGAGCCGUUGACUGCUGAUUCGAAUCCAACACUAACAGCUGAUCCUAACUCUUGUGAUAUCGAUAUAAAAACAGAGGAAAACACUGUAACUUCUCGUCCCGGUUCAAUUCACCUUGAUUCAAGUACAAAUGGUUCACCAAAAUCUAAAAUUCCGUUACCUCAACGGAAUUCACUAGCUGAUAGUUCAAGUCAUCAUCGAAUAGAUGAUUCAAACAACACUGUCAAUACCACUAUCAACAAUGAUGUCGACGAAAAUGACAAUAAGGAAAAGGAUUUCAAUAAUAAUAAUAAUAAUAAUAACAAUAAUGACAAUGAUGAAUCUAGGUGA